GUAGAGUAUAUGGAAAAAUAAUCAAGAAAGAAAUGAGAUAGUGCCCUACGUCAAGAGGAAUAUCUGGAAUAAGAUGCAUAUGAAGAUAUAAAUGUAGUUAAUGUAGAUGAAGCUAGUCUCACUCCCCCUACUUCGACAAGCAGGUCUAGACCACAAGUUGUAUAACCAUCGAAAAGAGCCCAAGGGCAUGGGCCCAUGGAUAGAUGGUGUAGACCACACCCCGAUGACGUGAUCGACCAAAGGGGUAGAGGGAAAGGGCCGGCUUAAACAACUUUAGAGAACCGGUAUAAACAAAAAGAUAGGAAAACCACAAUUCAAUAUAUUGCUAAGUGGUUUUACCAAACCGACAUUGCUUUCAACGCCGUUAAAUCGAGAAGCUUCAAAGUAAUGGUUGAGGCUAUAGGUCAAUUUGGACAUGGGCUUAAACUUCCUUCAUAUCAUGAAAUGAGGGAGACAUGCCUAAAAACUGAAGUUGAAUCUACACAAUCCUUCAUAACUGAAUAUAAGGAAUCGUGGAAAACAUAUGGUUGUUCACUAAUGGCCGAUGGAUGGACCGAUAGAUCCGGUCGGUCUCUCAUUAACUUUUUGGUAAAUUGUCCAGCUGGGACAAUGUUCUUGAAGUCAGUGGAUGCGUCGGGCCAUUCACACAGGAGAAUAUUUGUUUAACUUACUAGAUAGUGUAGUUAAAGAAAUAGGUGAGGAAUAUGUUGUACAAGUAAUUACAGAUAACGCAGCCUCGUAUGUAAUGGCCGGUCGUCUUCUUAUGGAGAAAAGGCGACAUUUAUUUUGAACCCCCUGUGUAAUCCUUUGUAUUGAUCUUAUGUUAGAAGAUAUAGGUAGAUUAUUUAUAAAUGUGAUUGCAAUGGCUAGAAGAAUCACAGUCUUUAUGUACAAACACGCCCUUCUUCUUAGUCGAAUGAGAAAACACAUUGGGGGUAACUUGCUACGUCCAGCAGUUACCCGUUUCGCUACAACCUUUUUAACACUACAAAGGCUACAUACAAAGAAAUCGGAACUUAGAAGCUUUGUAGUGUCGGCUGAUUUUACAAGUGGGCCUUAGUCAAAGAAGGUUGAAGGGAAAUGGGUUCAACAAACAAUUCUUUGUCAAAGUUUUUGGACUCAAGUGGUAAAGGCGUUAAAAUCAUCCGAGCCCUUAGUCACUGCGUUGCGAUUGGUGGACGAGGAUGAGAAGCCUGCAAUGGGCUACAUAUAUGAUGCGAUGGAGAGGGUAAAAAAUAAGAUCAUAGACCAUUUUAACUAUUGAGACCGUGAUUACAAGCCAAUUUUAGAUAUUAUAGAUAGAAGAUGAGGCAGCCAAACGUCAUCCCCAUUGUAUUCGGCUGCUUACAUCCUUAACCCAGCCUGUUUAUUCGCUUCUGCUGAUCCAGCAGAACCACUAACUAUGCAUAUGGUUGGAUUUAUUGAUGUCUUGGAAAGAAUGAUUCCAGAUAGAGGAGAACAGGACAAGAUCUCAACUUUACUGGACUUCUACACAAAAAGUGAAGAGAUAUUCUCAAGGGAUAUCGUAAUAAGGCAUUGGACAAUGAAAUUACCGACUGACUGGUGGGCUGCCUAUGGAGUGGACCCGAACAGGAAGGAUCCAUCUCUAAAGAAGCUGGCUAUGAAGAUUCUUGGACUCACGUGUUCUACCAGUGGUUGCGAGCACAAUUGGAGCACGUUCGAGGCGAUUCAUACCAAGAAAAGGAAUCGCCUUGAGCAAAAAAAGCUCAACGACUUGGUUUUCGUUCCAUACAAUAAAAAAUUGCGAGAAUGAUUUCAAACUAGGAAAGAAAAACCCAGUUUCUUUAACC